ACGUGACGUGCGUGCAUGUCGUGUUUCAACAUUAUUCUUCUCUUUCUUGAUUUUUUCAUUUUUUACGGAAAAAAUCAAAAUUGCCUUGCUGAUAAACAAGAGAGACUAUGACAACUCACAAUAAAUCUUUAAAUUGCGAGAGUUGUAGUCGAUAUCCCUACAUCGGCAGAGUAUCCGUAGGAGAAGAAAAUAGUGUUGACUUUGUCUAUCAAUUUGGGAAGAAAAGAUUAUUUGCUACCUCGAAAAGAAACCGUCCAGGUUUUAGCAUAUUCCAUACUGCCCCUGACAUAAUUGGACCACCCAAUUCUUUAAAUUAUGGCGAACACUUUCAUUUACCUGAUUUACCAUGUUCUUUUGGAGAAAAAGAUUCGAGAAAGGAUGGUUCCGAGAUUUCAAUAUCUCCGUGGCGGACAUAUAACGAUGAUUCAGAGGAGUUAUUAAUUUAUUCUAUUCCAUGGUAUCCAGUGGGCCAUGUGACGAUGGGCGAAAAUGAUUAUAUUGAUAUCGAGUUUCAUGAAGCUGUAUAUCCAGUCAGAGUCUCUAUUUACGAAUUAUAUAAUCCUAGCAUAAUUAAAAUUUUGGCUCAAGAUUCCAAUAAUCACUGGAUACAGUUGUGGGAUGAAUCGUCUGAGAUUGUACCCCCGGAAUCAAGAUUAUUUUCUCCACCGUUAUCGCAUCCGUGCAACUUCAAAACCAAAAUGCUCAGACUAGUGUUUAAGAAAAGCUCACGUAAAUCUUAUUAUACAAAACUGGAUGCUGUAAUGCUUAUCGGUACAUCAGAUUUGAUCGUUCCUAGAAAUACUAACGAGAGUUUAAGUAAUCUGUUAAAAAGAAUUAACAGCAUGUACUCUCGACACCACGACGAUGUUCAUAAUUUAACAGCAGAUUUAAAAAGUGCGCAUUUGGAUAUAGUUCAUCUGCAACGAAAUUUUUCUGAAUAUUGUGUUAUUUAUCAAAGCGAAAUAAAAAGGAUUAAUUAUAAAAGUAAUUUGAAGCACAAAAAGGCAUCUCAAGAGGUAAUCCCUGGAUAUGUGCAACCUCUUGGACAGAGAUAUUCGCGUCGUAUUCUAUCGAAAAGUUAUAAGGAGCCAUCACGUUGCAGUUUAUCUGCGCUUCCUGAUGAAAUAUUACUAAUGAUAUUUAAAUACUUGGAUUUGAAAACGUUAUGCUGCAUGAGUAGAGUAAAUUGGCGCUUCAAUAAUUUAACAACACGGGAUCCUCUACUCUAUACACGUUUGAACAUGCGAGGGAUUGAAUGUGACAAAUAUAUGUGCAAAUUAUUUCGUUAUUUUACACCUAGAUGUGAAUAUUUGCAACAAUUAGGUCUUACAGGAAGCAAGUUUGAUGUUAAUGAUUUCGUAAACUUUCUUAAUAAUUGCGGCAGGCGUUUAACGCAUUUGAGCUUGAGUCAUUGCUACAUAGAUGCUUUCUCAACACAAUUAAAUCCUGUUCUACUGUCCUUUGAAAUUUCAAAGACAUGCAAAAAUUUGAAAGAAUUGGAUCUAAGUUAUUGUGAUUGCAUAAGCGACCAAGAAUUUUCGUAUCUCGAGGGGCUAAGUAAUUUGGAACGUAUAUACUUUUGUGGUCUGACAACUACAACUGAACAGCUUUGCAAAAUACUGCAAAAUAACCCACGGAUACGUGAGGUAGAAUUGGGAAACUUGGUAAAUGAUGCAGUUCUACUAGAGUUGGCAAAUUCGUGUCGUGAUUUGGAAGUAAUACAUACACUGUACGCAUAUGAUCUUACAUCUCAGGGUAUUAAAGCUCUCGCUAACUGUAAGAAUUUGCAAAAAGUGUACCUUGACCUGUAAGUGUGCGUGUGCUACAUUUUCUUUUAAAAUACACAUUAUUGUGUGUUUUAUUCUUUAUUGAAAUUGUACUUGAAAAAGUUACAUGAUUUUUUCUUCGCAAUUA